AUGGAAGAAGAGAGCCAAAAGACCUGCAGCAGCUCCUCCACCCCUGAUUUGCCCACUAGUGGAAACCAUAGCAGCAGCAGAAACAGUGACAGCCCGACCCACAACCACAACCACCACCCCCGCCUCGGCACUGUCAUCCCCAAUCGGAUAUUUGUAGGGGGGAUUGAUUACAAGGUUAAUGAGAGCGACCUGCGACACGUCUUCUCUCAGCAUGGUGCAGUCAAAGAGGUGAACAUUGUGAUAGAUCGCUCAGGAAUGUCAAAAGGAUAUGGCUUUGUUACAUUUGAGUCCCAAGAAGAUGCACUGAAAAUCCUUCAUGAUGCCAAUGGAAUCUCUUUAAAAGACAAGAAGCUCAGCAUUGGUCAGGCUGUCCGGAAGCAGCAACCUUCAGGACAAACUAAAAAUGUCCCUAUUGCUGCUCCCGACCAUGCCGUGCCUGUGCCGAUGUCUUGCGGGACCCUCCACCUGACUACCUCCACAGGUUAUCCCUACACCUACCACAACGGAGUGGCCUACUUCCACUGCCCCAACAUGAACCCUCCUACCCAACACUGGCCGCAUACUCCUCCAGUGAUGCUUCCUCAGUCCCAUCAACCUGUCUACCAGCAACCAGCAUAUCACCAAUACCAGUGUGUCCCAAACCAGUAUCAAUGGAAUGUCGUCCAGUCGCAGAUGCCCUCCAGUCCAGUUGUGUACUCCCAGCAGUCAGAUUGUCUGUACCAGCCCACUGAUGGAGGCUUUGUCCUGGACUCCAUACCAGAGUUUGUGGAGUCCACAGCGCAGCAGGUUUACUCUGCGUAUCCUCAGAGAACAGGGGGAAUGACUCCCAUUGCUCCGCAGCGUGACCCUGGAAAGAUGUUUCCACACUCGCGGAUCCAUCUGAAGUCAAAGUACCGCCGCUACGCCCAUCACAAGGACUACCACUACCUACCAGAAGCAACAGAGCCACUCGACGCCUCCAUGCUCUACACUUCUCAACCUUCUUAUGUAGGCUAA